UAGUGUCAAUUGAAAUUUUGAUCGGAACCGGUCAAAAAUAUUUUUUAAACUCGUAAUACAAUAUUUUAGAAACAACAUUCAUACAUAUACAUAUAUAAAUAUAUUAUAUAUGUAUUUCAAAUUUGUGAAUAGUUUAUUUAUAGUUUAAAAUUACAAAAAUAAAACAAAAAAUAUAAUUUUUUGUAAAAUGUUUAGAAAUUUUAAAUUUAGUUUUUUUCAAAUUAUUCUAUUAGUCAUCACAUUUAAAUCAAGUUUUCAACAACCUGCAACAUGUACAAAUCCAAAUGGAACACCUGGUAAAUGUACAUCAAUGUAUUAUUGUCAAAGUUUGAUAAAAACGAUAUAUCGAGAACCAUUACUUGAACGAGAUCGAUCAUUUUUAGUAAAUUCUCAAUGUUCGAAAGGUAUUGGACCUCUGCCACAUGUUUGUUGUACAAAUGAUGAAGAAUAUAAAGAUGGAUAUGAACAGAAUACUUCAACAAAAAGACCAUUAUCACAAGAUGAAAUAAAUAAUAGUCUGAAUCAAAAUAAAAAUGCUGCAAUAUUACCAUCAUCAUCACAAUGCGGUCCAUCACCAUUAGAACAUCGUAUUUAUAAUGGUAAAGAUGCUGAUUUGGGUGAAUUCCCAUGGAUGGUAUUAUUAGAAUAUAGAAAAAAAAAUGGAGAUGUUAUCCCAGAUUGUGCCGGAUCAAUAAUUAAUUCAAAAUAUAUUCUUACAGCCGCACAUUGUUUAACUGGAAAAAUACUAACAGAAAUCGGACCAUUAGUUUCAGUUCGUUUAGGAGAACAUGAUCUAACACAAGAUUUAGACUGUGUCGAUUGUGGUGUAGGAUGUUUAAGUAGUAGUUGUGCUGAUCCAGUUAUAUUUAUUGAACCAGAUGAAAUAAUACCACAUGAAGAAUAUAAUGAUUCACAUAAACAACAUGAUAUUGGUUUAAUUCGACUAAAAAAUCAUAUAAAUUUUACUGCUUUUAUUAGACCUGUAUGUUUACCAAGUGCUGUCAAUUUACAAAGAACAUUACCCGGUGAAGAAAUAAUUGUUUCGGGUUGGGGUAGAACAACAAGUGCCGCUAAAAGUAAUGUUAAGCAAAAAUUACAAGUACCAGUUAUAAAUCAAAAUGAUUGUAUUAGCAAAUUUGCAACAAAAAAACAAGAAAUUAAAGAAAGCCAAAUAUGUGCUGGUGGAAAAUUUUAUGAAGAUAGUUGUGAUGGUGAUUCUGGAGGACCAUUAAUGAAGCAAAGUGGCUUGAAAUGGACAAUUGAAGGAGUUGUAUCUUUUGGAAAUAGAUGCGGUUUAGAAGGUUGGCCUGGUAUAUAUACUAGAGUGUCGUCAUAUGAAGAUUGGAUCAAAAGUAAAUUAAAGCCAUAAAUUAUGUUUUGUUUUUUUUAUUAAAUUUUCAUUUUGUUAUAAAUAUACGUAAAUAGUUUACAUUAUAA